UGCCCACUGGAAGCAUUUGGUUUGUCGUGUGCUCUUGGCUGGCACUGAAACGGUUUACCAAUGUAACACUCCUACUCCGCCUCCCCCUCUACCUCCCCAAGAGCUCCCUCUCUCCCCUUUUUCAUCUCUCCUUUUCACUCUCUCCUGCUCUUCCUAUCGCAAGCUCGUGCUUUGUCUGUUUGGAGAUGUCGAGCCCAUCCAAUGAUAUAAGGAAUCAAUAACUUACGCCCAUAUGCAACUCACUAUCAAAGAGAGUAAAAACGGAAAACUAUUUAUUGCUUGGGGACCAUCACUAAGGAGCCAUGUGGGUGCAGCUACGGAUACAUUUGUCUGCAUGAAUAUUUACGACAUUUGUAAGCAUAUAAUUUCCACCCGGAUGAAUUCAUUUUUAUUGUAACAACAGGCCUGCGUUUGCUCAAUUAACAUCAUUCAUCAAGAGACUGCUUGAUCUCAAUAGUUGUCAAAGUUCCUUCUUCGGGGAGUUGAUCUUGCAGGCGAUGAGUUCUUACUUCGUCAAUUCCCUCUUCAGUAAAUUUAAAGGAGGCGAUUCUCUGCGCUCCAACUACUAUGACUGCUCAGGGUGCGCGCCGGAUCUUGGAGGCAGAUCGUCUGUGCUGUACGGUCACAACUCAGGAUCUGCAUUUCAGCACGCGGCUCAGUUCCCGGAUUUCUACCACCACGGUGCAUCCUCCUUCUCCCAUGCGUCCUACCAACAGAACCCGUGCGCGGUAGCUUACCCUGGCGAUGCCACGGGAAACAUCUUGGGCCAGGACGGUUUACAGAGACAGGCGCUCUUCAGUGCUCCAGAUGCGGAUUUUACGCAGUUUGGGGAUUGUAAUUUAAAAGUCAACAGUAUCAGGGAUGGUUUGGAAAGUGCAGAACAGUGCACAGCGCAGCUCUUCCCGUGGAUGAGACCACAAGCUACCGGCCGGAGAAGGGGCAGGCAGACCUACAGCCGCUACCAGACGCUGGAGCUGGAGAAGGAGUUUCUGUUCAACCCUUACCUGACCCGCAAGCGCCGCAUCGAGGUGUCUCACGCACUGGCCCUCACUGAGAGGCAGGUGAAGAUCUGGUUUCAGAACAGACGCAUGAAGUGGAAAAAAGAACACAACAAAGACAAGUUUCCCAGCAGCAAAGCGGAACAAGAGCAAAUCGAGAGAGAGGAGCAAGAGGUGAGCCAGGCGUCAGAAAAACACACAUCAGGAGAAGAGGACUCGGAGACUUCCAGUAAUCCUAAAUAGUCUGUGGACUAUCCCAUCACUGCAAUCGAUCCGCUGCAAUUUAUAGAAAAGUCUGAGGUUCUCAAGAACGUCUGUCGACACGCAAGGGGAGAAUACAAAACUAAUCAUAUAUUCAAUCUAAUACAAACUUAUAAGGCAUUUCUGUUUUCAAACGUUGAUUAUUUCAGCUUAAUAUGAUUUGAUGAAUAAAUCUCAGUUUUGUAAGGUUCCACUGGUGCGUUUGUCCUCGAUUACUCUUGAGGUUACUGGUGCAGAGAGGGCAUAUGAGGCGAAGGCUGUGUGGUCUGCAUGGCGUCUGUUUCCUAUCCGUGGGAGUCACAAUCCAAGAUAUAUUCUCUUCAGUAACUCUGUUAUAGCCUAUCAGAUGGAGUGAGGAAUCAUCAUUAGACAGUGCAUUACUGUAUUUGUAAGAAAAUGCACUUUUUGUGAUUGUUAAUUGCUGUUAAAAAAAUAUUAUUCAGGUUUACAGAUCUUCAAUUGAACUACCUAAUGUAUGGUUCAUUGCGUCAAUCAUGUUUUUGGUGUAUGCGUGAUGCUUUCCUGAGAUGGGAUGGUUCAAACGCACAAUGAUAUUCUUAAAAAAAAUUAUAAUGAAAAUUCUGUGUAAAUAUUUGAUAUUGCAGUUCCGUGAAGCACUAUUCUAUUGUAUUUUCUAUUGUCUUUAACUGGAAGUGGUUCCUGAAAGAAGCCACAAUAAAA